AUGCCUCGCAAACAACCCGCGCCCGCCUAUAUCCUGGGGGUGGGUAUGACCAAGUUCAUUAAACCCCGUGGAAAGGUCGACUACACCGAACUGGGCUUCGAAGCCGGUAUCAAAGCUUUGCUCGAUGCUCAGAUCACCUACGACGAUGUCGACCAGGGCGUUGCGUGCUAUUGCUACGGCGACUCUACUUGCGGCCAACGCGUCUUCUACCAGUUCGGCAUGACCCAAAUCCCCAUCUACAACGUCAACAACAAUUGCUCGACCGGAAGCACUGGUCUGAACAUGGCCCGCCAAGCCAUUGCCUAUGGCGCUGCGGACUGUGUCCUCGUCGUCGGCUUCGAAAAGAUGAGCCCUGGCAGUCUCCAAGCAUAUUUCAACGAUCGCGAGAACCCUACCGGUACCACUAAUGCUAUGAUGAAGGCGACAAGAGGCGUCACCAACGCUCCCGGGGCUGCGCAGCUCUUCGGUAAUGCUGGUCGAGAGUACAUGGAAAAGUAUGGUGCCACGGCGGAAGACUUUGCCGAAAUCGCGCGUGUCAAUCAUGAACACAGCAAGAGAAACCCAUACUCUCAGUUCACCGACGAGUACACACUAGAACAGAUCCUGAAGUCAUCUAUGAUCCAUCCGCCGCUGACCAAACUCCAAUGCUGCCCUACCUCUGAUGGCGGCGCCGCCGCCGUCGUGGUGUCCCAGGAUUUCCUCGACAGACGCCCACAUCUUAAGUCGCAGGCUAUAUUGAUUGCCGGCCAGCAGCUCGCCACCGACUCUCCAGACCUUUUCAGCCGAUCAUCCAUGGACCUUGUUGGAUACCAAAUGUCCGUGUAUGCUGGCCAAAAGGCCCUGGAACAGGCGGGCAUCACUCCUGAUGAUGUCAAGGUGGUCGAACUCCAUGACUGCUUCAGUGCCAACGAGCUCUGCACGAUUGAUGCUCUCGGCUUGUGUCCCAAGGGCAAAGCACACGAGCUGGUCCGAAAAGGCGGCAUCACAUAUGGGGGGAAAUAUGUUAUCAACCCAUCUGGCGGCCUGAUUUCCAAAGGCCACCCUCUUGGGGCCACUGGCCUUGCUCAAUGCGCCGAAUUGACGUGGCACCUCCGAGGCUGGGCCAACAACCGGCUGGUCGACGACACGAAAUACUGCUUGCAGCACAACCUCGGCCUCGGCGGCGCCGUGGUUGUGACUGUAUACCGGCGUGCAGACGGCAAAGUCGCCGCCCCGGUCUCAGACCAGGAAGUCGGGAGGAUCAAUGGUCUGGGAUACAAUCCAGCCACCGAGGCCAAAGGCUUCACUCCCGAGCAAGUCAGGCGCACAGUCAGCCAGAAGCAGUUCUCAGAUUGGGCCGUUCAGGACGUCCCGUCCAAGGUACAGGCCAGAUUUUAA